AAGAGCGAAAGAGGGUUUUACAGAAAAACUACUGGAAGGGGCUUUUGCUGCAGCAGCGACAGAUUGCUCUAUUAGGGUUAGGGUUUCUAUCUAGGGUUUCAGCCCCAUCUCUCUAUUUCUCUCCGUAUCGCUGAUUUCUUCGUUGCUGGUGCGAUUUUGAUGGUUCAGCUGGUAAAUUCCGGCAACAUCGGGCCGGUAUCCGAGUCUCGGAAGCUUCCGGUGAAGUUGGAGAUCGAGGAUCCGUUGGAUGAGGAGCACGGCCCACUCAAUAAACGGUCCAAGUUCUCCGUGCCUUUUCAUCAGCAGUGGAGCACCGGUGAUAGCAAUACAACAACUCAUCCUGCGCAAUACAACCCACUCAAUGAACCUAGUCCAUUGGGUUUGCGGCUGAGGAAGAGUCCGUCAUUGUUGGAUUUGAUUCAGAUGAGGCUCUCUCAAGUGAAUGCCGCUACAUUAGGAGCGGCAAGUGGUGAAAAUCUUGAAGUGGGAAAAAUAAAAGAUGCUAAGUGCAACAGUGUUUCGGGUACUACUGAAAAGCUGAAGGCUUCGAACUUUCCUGCUUCACUUCUAAGAAUAGGCACUUGGGAGUGCGUGUCAAGAUAUGAAGGUGAUUUAGUGGCAAAGUGCUAUUUUGCGAAGCAUAAGCUUGUGUGGGAAGUUCUCGAGGGUGGUCUCAAGAACAAGAUGGAAAUCCAAUGGUCAGAUAUUACAGCUCUGAAGGCAACCUGCCCUGAGAGUGGACCUGGUACCUUGGAUGUAGUGUUGGCUAGGCCACCUCUCUUCUUCAGGGAGACGAAUCCGCAACCUAGGAAGCAUACCUUAUGGCAGGCAACUUCAGAUUUUACUGGUGGACAAACAAGUAUGCACAGGAGACAUUAUCUACAGUGCCCGCAAGGCUCGUUAAACAAGCAUUUUGAAAAGCUCAUCCAAUGUGAUCCUCGCCUUAAACUGCUGAGCCAACAACCAGAGGUAGUGCUAGAUUCCCCAUACUUUGAAGCAAGGGGCUCUUUCUUCGAGGACCAAAGCGAUGCCAAAUCCUGUAUCCUCAAUCAUAUGAAGACCGAGUAUGUAUCCACCUUCUCAAGUUUCCGAGAGUCACCAUCGCCAAGUGUUGCCCAAUCAUCUUCCUCUGGGAGCGAACUGCGGCAUCCUGUCAGUAGAGCAUCCGAAGCGGCAUCCAUGGGAUCGCCUUCUCCAUGCUCAGUGAUGGAUAGUCAGGCCACCGAAGAUAACGGGAGCAGUGAAAAUGAAGAGCAUAAGGAACCCAACCAAUGGGACCAGUUAAAAUUUCAUGGGCUCCACCCGUCCAUGUCUAUGAGUGAUUUGGUGAACCACAUUGGCAACUGCAUUUCUGAGCAGAUGAAUUCCGCAAAUCCGCUCUUAUCCAGCCAAGCUCGCUCUCAAAGCAGAGAGAUGCUGGAUGAGAUAACACAAUACCUGCUCAGUGAUUCCCAGGGCACGUCUGCAUCCGACGAGCAGUCCCUCAUGUCAAGGGUCAACUCCCUCUGCUGUCUGCUCCAAAAAGACCCUGCCACCAUCCAAAAACCAAGAAAUGAAGGUGGGUUGGGAGGUGAAGAUUCCAUGAAUGGUCAGCCAAAUUCGACACAUGGUGAUACUCUGGCAUCCGAAGGCUCUGGCUGUAAGCAACUGCCAGCUAUUUCAAGAAAAGAUUCUGUUGGGGAGCUGCUGCUUCAUCUUCCUCGGAUUGCAUCAGUGCCGCAGUUCUUGUUCAAUAUUGCAGAAGACAGGGAUAACCAAGCUAGGUAAUGGUCACUGUCAAGGCAUCCUUGUGUGGGAGUAGGUUUCUUGUACGGAAGUUUUUUAGUCUUCAUUUUCCAGCAUAGAUGGCAACCUCAUGGAGUAGGUUUCUUGUAUAGAAGUUGGGGUCAAAAGAUUUAAGUCUUCAUUUUGCAGUAUCUCACUGUGAAUGGGAGAUGUUGAAGUAGAGAAUCGUUGGGAUCCUGAAAUUUGUUGAUGAUGGGUCCUGAUGAAAUCUCAUCUUAGAACAUUUGGGCAGUUUCAUGUGAGGUUUGGAUAUUCUUAUUUAAUGUUGCUUUGUAUGGAUGAAGUAUAUAAUCCUAGUUGUUUUGUAUGGAUGGAGUAUAUAAUCCUAAGCUAAGUUGGAUGGCUUA